AUGGUAAAUACAGUGUGUGACCUUAUUGUGGAGAGAUAUGGCCUAUCAAUACCAACAAAAAUAAAAGAAGAAUAUGCAAAAUGCAUUAUUGAAAUAUUUCCAAAUUUAAGGGAUCCCUUUUCACCCAAAGGAUAUGAAAUAUUUUUUAACCCCCAAAAACAUGAUGGGUUUUUAGCGUGGAGGCUAAAAACUCUAUCUAGAAACAAUUCAGAGAAAAGAAAAAUAAUUAAAAGUAGCCAGGCCGAGCCUCUGACUAAACAACAAAAAACUGAAGAGGAUGUUCAAGAUAUUAACUUCGAGACCUGUUCUCAAGUUAAUUCUGAACUUUUAAUUAAUGAAGAAGACAAUGUUGAAGUAUGGCCGAAAGAAAUAAGGGCUAUUCUAGCACUGUUGCAAAUAUUGCGACCGACCGCUCGGGGAAAAAAAUGUCCCAAUGGUAACACCAUUCAAAUUGCGACAAAAAAACUGCUGAUAUUUAAAAAGAACAAUGUGCCUUUAAGUGAUAUAAUAAAAGAGAACCACGACCAUAAGCAGCCUUAUUUAAUAAUCGAAGGCAUAGGAGACUCGAGGCCUAGAGGGAAAAGCAGCCCACAGGUUGGCAAGCCCAAGAACAAUGAAGGUACCUUUAAUGCUGACACACCAAGUCAGAAAACGGACGAAGCUGCAACAUGCCUAACAAAAGGCAAAAGAAGACUCAGCGAAGAUAAUAAUAAGCAACCCAAUAAACAAAAAAGCUAUCGCGCCGGCCAAAAGGCGGAGCCGCACCGGCCAAAAGGCAGAGCCGCGCCGGCCAAAAGGCGGAGCCGCGCCGGCCAAAAGGCGGAGCCGCGCCGGCCAAAAGGCGGAGCCGCGCCGGCCAAAAGGCGGAGCCGCGCCGGCCAAAAGGCGGAGCCGCGCCGGCCAAAAGGCGGAGCCGCGCCGGCCAAAAGGCGGAGCCGCGCCGGCCAAAAGGCGGAGCCGCGCCGGCCAAAAGGCGGAGCCGCGCCGGCCAAAAGGCGAAGCCGCGCCGGCCAAAAGGCGGAGCCGCGCCGGCCAAAAGGCGAAGCCGCGCCGGCGAAAAGGCAGAGCCCUGCCGGCAAAAGGAAAAGCGGCGCCGGCCAAAGCGGGCCCGCUGACUAA